AUGUCCGAUAAACCGACCAUCGACUACUACAAAUAUGAUCCCAGUCAUAUCGCUCCCGCGGUCUUCGCCGGCGUGGUAGGAAUCAGCUUGAUCAUUCAUAUAUGGCAGAAUUUCCACUAUCGUUUCUGGAGAGUCACCUUCUGGCUAUUCUGGGGCAGUUUCCUCUUUACAAUUGCCUGGAUUCUCCGAUGUAUAAGCAGUUAUCAUACGGGACAAAAGGGUCUGUUCAUCGCUCAAAGCGUCUUCAUCUACCUGGCACCCCCAAUCUACUCGGCAGCCGCGUAUAACAUCGUGGGCCGAUUGAUGAAUUACCUUCCGAUGCAUGCCGUCUUUCAUCCCGAUCGCGUUCUCAUCGUCUUUGUCUACCUGGGCGCACUCGUCGAGGCCGUCACUGCCGCGGGUGCAGCACGACUCGCAGCCGCAGGCACCGAUUUGAAGAAAUACAAGAGCGGAGGCGCCUUGAUUGCCGCCGGACUCAUUCUUCAGACCGUGGUGGAAAGCAUGGUCAUUCUGGUCGUCGCGACUCUCCACCGUCGCGUGGCCAAGACUGGAACGACUCCGCGCAAUGUCAAGACAAUAUGCAUGACCCUCUACGGGACUUCCCUUUUCGUCAUCCUCCGGUGUAUCUUCCGCGCCGUGGAGGCCUUUGAGGAAUUCGGCAAGGUUGGCUGCUCCAACGAUUGCGGUCCCAUCCUCAGUAAUGAAUGGUAUCUCUUCGCAUUUGAGCUGGGACCCAUGUUAAUCUUCACCUAUUGGCUCAAUAUCCUGCACCCGGGCCGAUACCUCCCUCGCGACAAGACCCGGUAUCUCGACCCGGAUGGCCGUACCGAGCGAAUGGGGCCUGGCUGGACCGAUCGUCGGGACCGAUGGGCAACCUUUGCCGAUCCACUUGAUUUUGAAGGCAAGAUCAAAGGAACGGUCUCUCAUGAUGAGUUUUGGCUGCGACCUCACGAGUGGCCUGUCUGUGAGGAUGGCAGCUUCGUCGACGGGACGGCCUCCAACACGACGAGGAGCCCGACGGACAAGGAGAAGAUGUCUUUGAAUCCUCCUGUCACGGUUUAG